CACAUCCACCGUCCCCAGUUUCAGCAUGUCUUCACCGAGAACACGACUAACGCGGCCCGGUCGAUCGUAAAUUAGGUGUGCACAAUGCCAUCACCAACGUCUUGCACAUUGGUGCCAACGCAUUCGCCAUGUUCAUGAAGAAUCAGCGCAAGUGGGACAACCCAGACAUGGACCCCGAACACGCCAACUUGUUCAUCAGUGGCUGCAAAGACCACAAGAUCGAAGUCGGAGACUGCUGUCUCCCACACGGCUCCUACCUCGUCAACCUAGCCCAUCCUGAUGCCGAGCGUAAAAAGCAAGCCUACGACUGUUUCCAGAACGAUCUGGUGCGCUGCAACAAACUCGGCAUACGGCUAUACAACUUCCACCCGGGCAACGCCAACGCCACAACACGCGAAGAGGGCAUUAAGCUCAUCGCCGAGAACCUGAACCGCGCACACGCCGACCCCGAGACAGGUGACGUGAUCACGGUGCUCGAAACCAUGGCCUCGCUCGGCAACACCAUUGGCGGGACAUUCGAAGACAUUGCUGCCAUCAUCUCCCACGUCGAAAAGAAGGACCGCGUGGGCGUCUGCCUCGACACAUGCCACGUCUUCGCAGCCGGCUACGACCUACGCACCCCUGAGUCCUAUGCUGAAGUCAUGACCAAGUUUGACGACAUCAUCGGACUGAAGUAUCUCAUGGCACUUCACGUCAACGACUCCAAAGCCCCGCUCGCCAGCUAUCGCGACUUGCACGCGCGCAUCGGCACAGGCUACUUGGGCCUCCGCGCAUUCCACAACCUCGUCAACGACGAGCGCUUGCAUGGUAUGCCCAUGGUGCUCGAAACGCCCAACGACAGCGUCGAUGCCAACGGCAAGAAGUUCGAAGACAAGAGCGUUUGGGCGCGCGAGAUCAAGAUGUUGGAGAGGCUUGUCGGGAUGGAUGUUGACAGCGACGAGUUUAAGAAGCUCGAGAAGACGUUACACGAGGAGGGUGAGGGGGAGAGGGAGCGAAUUGGCGGACAGGUGGAGAAGAAGAAGGUCAAGGAUGCGAAGCCAAAGACACCAGGGAAGAAGAAGGGAAAGGAGGAUGAGGAUGGUGAAGAAGCCGAGGUGAAGCCAAAGAGGGCUGCGCCGAAGAGGAAGGCUGCCAUCAAGAAGAAGGUCGAAAGCGAGGAGGAAGACGAUGAUGAAGAGUGAACACGGCUUGCACGUUGGUUCGCCCGACUGAGCGAGAAGCAUUAGAGUCAAACAUCUUUAUCGACAGCCUCGCCGUGGUAGCGACUGCGAAUGAAUCCUGGGACUCCACAUCCCACUUUAAUGGUGCGCAAGCCUGUGGCUUUCUGGCUAGAUAUCUACGGACGCACACAUGUAUCAAGAUCAAUCGGUAUCGCAC